GCACCCAACGGCACCCAACGGCACCCAGCGGCACCCAAUAGCGCCCAGCGCCUUCCUCCUCCUCCUCCUCCUCCGCGGCCUCAGGAAUUCCGCCGGCGUCACGGCUGCAGCAGGACAGCGGCCGCUUUGUCCUCCGGGAAUGCCGAGAUCCUGAUGCACCCCAAGCCUCACCGCACACCAGGGAUGCUCUGAGCACCAUGGAAGAGGAGGGGUCGGUGCCCGUGGCCGCCUGGUUGGCAGCCCUGCACCUGGAGCAGUAUGUGAGCUGCUUCCAGCGCAGGGAGCUGCGGACGGUGCGGGACUGCCGGGCGCUGACGGAGCAGAGCCUGACCCAGCUGGGGGUGCUCCUGCCCGGCCACCGCCGCCGCAUCCUGCUGGGGCUGCAGAAAGCCUUUGCUGAGGGGACCCCCCCCGGGGCCCCCAUCCUGAAGCCUGUGCCCAUGAAGAGACACGUUUUCCGCAGGAGCACUGCGGCGGUGCCAGAGCAUCCUGAGCAUCCUCAGGAGCAUCCUGAGCAUCCCAAGGAGCAUCCCAAGGAGCAUUCCCAGGAGCAUCCCCAGGAGCAUCCUGAGCAUCCCAAGGAGCAUCCCAAGGAGCAUCCUGAGCAUCCCCAUGAGCAUCCCAAGGAGCAUCCCCAGGAGCAUCCCCAGAAGCAUCCCAAGCAUCCCAAGGAGCAUCCCAAGCUGACGGAGCUGGACCAGGGCACGACCCUCACCCAUCACCCCCCUCCCAUCCCACCCAGGGUCGGCUGCCGCCCCCCCCUCAAGUUCUCCGCAUCACUAAAGGGGGGCAGCCCCGAGCCCCCUCCCAGCGCCCCCCCAGCACCCAGAGGGGGCUCCCCCCCGCUGAGACCCCCCCUGCCGCCGCUGCCGGCCAAGCGUCACCAGCUGGAAGCCAAGGGCCAGGCCCCACAGGCCCCCCCGGAGCUGCCCCCCAGGGCUGCGUCCCAUAGGAGCACCCCUGCCAAGGAGGGGGUCCCCAUCACCGAGAGACCCCCCCCGGCCCCACUGCUGCUCCUGCCCUGCUCCAAGCCCCCGGAGCCCCCCCCCAAGGCCUCCGUCCCCUUCGUGCCCCAGUUUGAUGACUCAGACUAUGAGGACUCAGCCUCGGAGGAGGAAUUGACUGGAGCUGUGGGGGAGAUGGGUGAGAAGGAGGGUGCUGAGCCCAAAGCACCGCGGUCCCUGCGCAUCAACAGCCUCUUCAGUGAGGAUGAGCUGAGCGAGGAGCAGGAGGAGGCUGCGCUGGGCAGCCCCAGCCCCAUCCUGCCCCCAGCGCCUACCGGCCCCAGCCCCAUAGCCAUGGAUGGGUCCUCACUGGCAGCCCCAGCCCCGCUCCGGGAGGGGUGGUUGGACAAGAACCCACCCCAGGGGUCCUACAUCUACCAGAGGCGCUGGGUGAAGCUGGAUGCUGAGCACCUGCGCUACUUUGACAGUGAGAAGGACGCCUAUUCCAAGCGCUUCAUCCCUGUCUCCUCCAUCUCCCGCAUCACCAGCGUCGGGGACCAGAAGUUCGAGGUCAUCACCCACAACCGCAACUUCGUGUUCCGUGCUGAGAGCGAUGCCGAUCGCAACGAGUGGAUCCGGAGCCUGCAGCAGGCGGUGGAGGAGCAGAGGAGGACAUCGAUGUCCCCAAGCUCCAGGGGAGCCCCCACUGAGCUGCCUGACAGGAGCGGCUUCCUGGAGCUGCGUGGCUUCAAGCACAAGCUCUUUGUGGUGGUGGCCGGGGACAGGGUUCUGCUCUACAAGAACGCUGAGGACUAUCGCCUCGGCAUCGGCAUCACCUACAUCGAGAUGAACGUGGGCAAUGUGAAGGAGCUGGAUCGCCGUGGGUUCGACCUCACCACCCCAUACCGAACCUUCAGCUUCGCGGCCGACUCGGAGCAGGACAAGGAGGAGUGGAUGGAAGCUAUGGAGCAGUCCAUUGCCGAGGCCCUGUCCAACUCCGAGGUGGCCGAGAGGAUCUGGGCGCUGGAGCCCAACCGGUCCUGUGCCGACUGCGGCUCCCCCAAUCCCGACUGGGCCUCCAUCAACCUCUGUGUGGUCAUCUGCAAGCGAUGCGCAGGGGAGCACCGGGGCUUGGGUCCUUCCAUCAGCAAAGUGCGGAGCUUGAAGAUGGACAGGAAGGUGUGGACGGAGGAGCUGAUCCAGCUCUUCCACCACAUUGGUAACGCUGUCGCCAACCAGUUCUGGGCUGCCAACGUCCCCCCCAGUGAAUCCAUCAGCCCCAGCAGUGGGAGCCAGGACAGGAGGCGCUUCCUGAGGGCCAAGUACCGGGAGGGCAAGUACCGGCGCUACCACCCGCUCUUCGGCAACCAGGAGGAGCUGGACAGGGCUCUGUGCGCGGCCGUCACCACCGCGGACCUGGCGGAGACGCAGGCGCUGCUGUUCUGUGGGGCGGCCGCAUCCUGCCCCUCCGGGGACCCGCAGUGCCCCACACCGAUGGCGCUGGCGCAGCGCAGCGGGCAGCGCCUGCAGAUGGAGUUCCUGCUGCACAACAGGGGCUCGGAGCCCCCCCGCCUGGGGGGGGGUGGCAGUGAGGAGAGGCUCUACUCGGUGCCGCUGCCGUCUGUCACCCACCAUGGCUUCCUCUACAAGACCCCGUCCAUGGCCAAGCCCAUCGGCGAGCGCAAGGGGCCGGAAGAGUUCAGCCGGCGCUGGUGCACGCUGCAGGAUGGGCUCCUCAGCUACUACGAGAGCGAGCGCAGUGCAGCGCCCAACGGCGAGCUCCGGGCACAGGAGAUGGUGUGCCUGGUACACAACGCGCCCCACACGCACGGCAUCGAGAACACCUUUGAGGUGUACAUGGAGUCAGAGAGGCUCUACCUCUUCGGGCUGGAGAACCCUGAUUCCGCUCGGGAAUGGCUCAAGUCCAUUGCCAAGUCCUUCGUCCAUCCCUGUGCUGAGGAGCUCCUGGCACUGGACUUCGAGCGCAUCGGCCGCCUGCACUACAAGGGGGGCCUCAACCUGGAGCACACCAAGGAGGGAUGGUUUGCACUGGUGGGAUCCAUGCUCCAUGUCUGCUUCCAGGACAGCGAGCGCCAGGAACCCCUCCAGCUCCGCAAGCUGCAGGAGCUCUCCAUCCAGGGGGACAAUGAGGUGCUGGUGCUGGUGGAGAGGCGGAGGACACUGUACAUCCAAGGGGAGAGGAAGCUGGAUUUCCUGGGAUGGGUCCAGGCCAUCCAGAAGGCUGCAGGGAGCUCCGGGGACACGUUGUCAGAGCAGCAGCUCACUGAGUCGGAUGUCCCACUGCUGGUGGAUCGCUGCAUCGACUACAUCACCCAGUGCGGGCUGACAUCCGAAGGCAUCUACCGCAAGAGUGGCCAGAACUCCAAGACCACCAGCCUGCUGGAGAUGCUGCGCAGGGAUGCUCGCAGCGUGCGCCUCAAGGAGGGCGAGCACCAUGUGGAUGAUGUGGCCAACACCCUCAAGAGGUUCUUCAGGGACCUGGGGGACGGGCUCUUCACCAGGCGCUGGGGACAGGACUGGAUGAGGGCCACUGCGCUGGAGGACGAGGAGCUGAAGAUCACCGAGUACCGGCGGCUCCUGGGCAUGCUCCCCACGGUGAACCGGGCCACGCUGAAGGCGCUCAUCAACCACCUAUUCCGGGUGCAGCGGUUCUCUGGGGAGAACCAGAUGAACACACACAACCUGGCCAUCGUCUUCGGGCCCACGCUCUUCCAGAUGGAUGGCAAGGACUACAAGGCAGGCCGGGUGGUGGAGGACCUCAUCAGCCACUACGUGAAGAUCUUCAAUGUCAAUGACCAAGAGAUGAAGAAGCAGCAGGAUGAGAUCACGGCCAUCAUGAAGAUGCGGGAGGCAGCAUCCAGCGGGACACAGCAAGCUGGGGACUUCAUCUGCACCGUGUACCUGGAGGAGAAGAAGACAGAGGCAGAGCAGCACGUGAAGAUCCCGGCCACCAUGACCGCCGAGGAGCUGACCUUCGAGAUCCUGGACAGGAGGAAGGUGGUCAUGAAGGAGAAGGACUAUUGGAGCUGCUAUGAAGUGAAUGAGAGGGAGGAGGCAGAGCGGCCCCUGCACUACUCAGAGAAGGUCCUGCCCAUCCUGCACUGCCUGGGCACCGAGAGCUACCUGGUGGUGAAGAAGCAGAUGGCCAUGGAGAACAUGCUCAUCUACCUGGCCAGCAGAGGGGGUGACUGCAAGCACGGGCUGAUGAAGUUCCGGGAGGACAGGAACCUGCUGGGGCUGGGGCUCAGCACCGGCUUCCAUGACCGGUACUUCAUCCUGAGCCACCACUGCCUGCGCCUCUACAGGGACGUGAGGAGCCACAAGCCAGAGAAGGAAUGGCCCGUCCAGAACCUGCGGGUGUACCUGGGCAUCAAGAAGAAGCUUCGGCCUCCAACGUGCUGGGGCUUCACAGUCUUCUAUGAGAAUGAGAAGCAUGAGAAGCAGCAAUGGUACCUGUGCUGUGACACCCAGGCUGAUCUCCGGGAGUGGUUCGCCACCUUCCUCCAUGUGCAGCACGGGGGGGCCCUGUGGCCCUCGGAGGGCUCCAAGGUGCGGACGUCGCGGUGGCAGCAGGACUCCAGGUUGGGUAACAUCUCCCUCAUCCCUCUGCGGGGCAAUGAGAGUGAGAUGAGGAACAGUGUGGCUGCUUUGGCUACUGACCCGCUCACCCUCCUGCACAACGUCUGAGCUGCAGGCCUGACACACCGGUUUGUCCAUGUGUGGGGCAGCCCUCAGGGGUCUGCUCCAGCCCCACAUCCCGGCACAGGCCGGGGUCCCAUUGGAUCCGCACCCUCCACCGGACCCUCUGACCUCCCCACACUGUGACCCAUAGGCACACAGGAGGGGAAUUGGCUGCGAGGCCACUGACCCACCAGUGGAGCAGGUCUGGGGAGCCAUGGCCAGGCACCCACAGAGAUUAUAUAGGGACCAGCAUCCAUGGGGACCAGCAUCCAUGGGGACCAGGCACUCACUGGGACCAGCAUCCAUAGGGACCAAGCACUCAUGGGGACCAGGCACCCAUGGAGACCAUGCAGCUAUGGAGACCAGACAUCGCUGGGGGCCAGGCAUAUGGGGGGACCAGCACCCAUGGAGACCAGCACCCAUGGGGACCAGCAUCCAUGACUAUCAGGCACCCAUGGGGAGCAGGCACUCUUGGGGACAAGCAUCCACAGGGACCAGCAUCCACGGGAACCAGCAUCCACAGGGACCAGCAUCUAUACGGACCAACAUUCAUGAGGACAAGGCACUCAUGGGGACCAGCAUCCACAGGGACCAGCAUCUAUACGGACCAACAUUCAUGAGGACAAGGCACUCAUGGGAACCAGCAUCCACAGGGACCAGCAUCUAUAGGGACCAACAUUCAUGUGGACCAGGCACACAUGUGGAACAGGAUCCACAGGGACCAGCAUCCAUGGGGAUGAGGCACCCAUGAGGAACAUGCACCCAUGAGGAACAUGCACCCGUGAGUACCAGGCACCUCUGAGGACCAGGCAUCCACAGGGACCAGCACACAUGGGACCAGGUACCUAUGUGGACCAGCAUCCAUGGGGCCCAGGCAUCCAUAGGGACCAGGCAGUACCAGCCCAUCAGACCCCACAUCUCAGCUGCUUUCAGCUUCUGCUCCAAGCUCCAAGCAGGGAAGCAGAUCCCGGCCGGACACCCUGGCACAGGGUCCUGCUUUUCCUCUUCUUCCCUCUUAUUUGAAGUCCCCUCCAUCAAAACAAGGCAAUCCUUCCCAUGGGAUGCAUUCCCAGCUCCAGGGACCAGCAUCAGUGUUCCCAUCACUCCUACAGAGGGGAUGUCCCAUUCCCGGGGUCCCCUCCAUGGGCAGGGCAUCACCAGCCUCAGUACCCCCAGACUGGGGGCAUCCGGCCACUGUCCUAAUCUCUCCAUGGCAUUAAAGGUCUUUGGGAACCGA